AUGGCUUCAAGGUCAACCUGCCAGUCGUUACGAAGCUCUCUACGGCAAUGUCGGCCUACGUGCGAAUAUGCCGGUUCUAUAUCCUCGCGGAAGUCCUCGAUACGGCAAAUCUCAGCAACCGCAUCUAGAUUAGAAGUUGAUUGGAACGCCGACAAGUCAGAGCGGCCAAGAUGGUCAUAUACGCCGGAAGAGAUGAAAGCGCCAUAUCCAUGGAAGCCACAGAGCGCAAUGAAGUCGUGGACGACGAACAGUGAUCCCCAAAAGCUGGACAGGUUCUAUGUGAACCUUUUAGGAGAGGGUGGAGAGUCGGUCCUUACAGAUGAGAUCAAAUGGCUGGCCAUCACACACAAAAGCUUUGAUCAGGGGAGACGUGGUUUCAAUGAUAGAUUAGCGUUUCUAGGUCGGAGGAUACUCACUCUACAAGCUAACCUUGCACUCGUCAGCUCUUCAACAGCAACGCAAACGCAAACACCAAGAAAUCCCAAAGACACUCGUGCCCGGUUCGAACACCCAGCGUUGAACGGACUUAAAAACCUGUCAGAUGCGCCAAUUGGUGAGGUUCUAACGAAAGAAAGACUCGCCACUUUGGCGAAGACGAUGGGAAUGGCGCAAAUCAUGAGAUGGCAGCCAAGAAUGCCGGAUAAGUUGGAAGCGUCCGGGAUCGAUGUUGUUCUGAAUACGUGUUUAUAUGCCAUAGUCGGCGCGAUUGCGUUACAGCGAGGAGGAGCGUACGCAUCUGAAGUUGCGAAACAGAAAAUAUUGAAACCGCUGGGAAUUUCAUAG